ACAUGGCGUUCAUGAAGAGUGCUAUCCUGGUCUGUGUGACUGCGGUGCUGACGGUGUACCUACCGCAACUCUGGACCAAGACUCGUCCCAUCAUCACUGCAGGAACUGUACAGCCAGGAUUCGAACCGGUGGCCAAACUAUUCAGGGAGAACUUCGAGAAUGGAGUAGAAACUCCAACAGCUGGUUCUACAUUUUCGGUGUACUACAAAGGGUCAAAGGUCGUAGACAUCUGGGGAGGCUACGCGGACAGUGAGGCAGGACGGCCAUGGAAGGAGGACACUUUGACUGUAGUCUUCUCCGCUACAAAAGGCAUGGCUGCCUUGUGCAUGGCUCUUCUGGUUGACAGGGGUCACCUUGACUACGACAAGACCGUGGCUUCCUAUUGGCCAGAAUUUGCCCAGAAUGGAAAAGAGAACGUCACAGUGCGCACGCUCCUCAAUCACCGGGCUGGUCUGUCUGAAAUCAGCGACGAAGAUACCUAUGCUCUAUUGGGGGACCAAGAUGCGUUGGGAGAGUUUUUGGCGCGGUAUGCCCCCGAAUGGGAGCCGGGUACGGCCCAGAAAUACCAUGCGUUUUCUUUCGGUCUGUACGCCAGCCAGCUCUUGAGACGCGCCGACCCCAAGCACAGGACACUGGGCCAGUUCUUCAAGGAAGAGAUCGCUCAACCAUUUGGCAUUGAUUUUCACAUCGGCUUCCCCUUGGAAUUGUACCACCGGUAUCCGCGUUUGUCGUGGGCCAGCUCGUUCAUGUGGUUCAAGGAGACGAUAAGCAAUCCCAUCAUUCGCCAAUUCAUGUGGGAUCGACUGAUGACUGGCCAACAAGGAGCGACCUUUAAGCCAAUCGAGUUCCAGGAAUUCAUGAUCCCCGAGAAACUAGCCCUCGAACAGCCGUCGGCCUACGGAGUGGGAUCAGCCCGCGCUCUCGCUAAAGUCUACGGAAUAUUAGCCAAUGGUGGAGCCACACUGAAAGGGCAAAGGUUACUCUCUGAGGACAUCAUCAAAAAGGUUAUGGAUGAGGUACAGGGAACUCCAGAUGGGUUUGCGGCAGUACUAGACGUUGCUUUCAACCUGGGAUUCUUCGUUCAGAAGGAGGCGAAACAAUUCGGCCACCCUGGGGCAGGGGGUCAGUACGGCAUUGCCGACCCUCAGCACAGAAUCGGGAUUGGAUACGUCUCCAGUUACUGCUCCACGGCCACCUUGGGGUAUGACAGCCGCUUCCAUCCACUGCAAGAGGAGACGUACAAGUGCAUUAAGAAACUGGAGGCAAAAUAACCGUCAACGAUGGUGUGGACAAAUAGAUUUGUCAUGUGCUUGGCCGUUGUCUGUAGAGCUUCGUUGUGUUUAAGUCAACAAACGAAAGUUAAAAAAGUUAUUAAAACUAUAGUUGACAAUAUUAGGUACGAAAGCAAUAAAAUGAAAUUUUACAUAUAAAUUUUACAAUUCUUAAAAAAGGAUGUACAAAUACAAGUGAAAGUAAAAAAAGUAUCAGUUAUUUUAGAUUGAAGUAAACUUAAUUAAGCGUUGCUGUAGUUUUAAGCUGCGUUGUUGUACUUUUUUUAAGCUGUGUCCGUUUUCAUUGUUAAGAAUUGUCUAGCUCUUCUUUCAACAAUCCAGAGGAAACAGCUCUUCUUUUCUUUGAGAUGUUGUUAUUUGGGUUUUUUUUAUUUAUGAUUUUUUUGUAGAAUUUCAUUUAAAUAAUCGUUGUUUCAUAUAUUAGCUGUUAAAGGAAACCCAGCAGAAAACCUGUUUUGUAAGCUUUAAGCCUAGGCCUAAUCAGUAUGUUUUGCCGAAUUU